AUGUCUAUUAUUUUAACUGAUGACAUACCUGUGACUUCACCGGUUCGUAGACUUGCUCCCAUAGAAAAACAACAAGUUACAAAACAAAUCGAGGAAUGGCUUGCCCAGGGUAUCAUCGAAAAAAGCUAUUCUGAUUAUGCGUCUCCAAUUGUCUUAGUGAAACCUAGACCUCUAAGCGAUUUACUUAGAAAUGGUGUAAAAUUUGAAUUCGGUCCCUCUCAAAUAAAAGCGUUUGAGACCCUUAAAAGAGCAUUAUCGCAAGAUCCAGUUUUACAUCUGUACAAACCAGGUUCCAAACUGGAACUCCAUACAGAUGCUUCCAAAUUAGGUCACGGUGGAAUCCUUCUUCAAGCUGACGACGAUGAUAAUUUACAUCCCAUAGCUUAUAUGAGUAAAAAAACAACACCUCAGGAAGAAAAUCCAUCGAGCUAUGAACUAGAAGUUUUAGCUGUUAUUAAAGCAUUAACGAAAUUCCGUACUUACAUUUUAGGAACUAAAAUUAAAACUGUCACUGACUGCUCUGCGUUCAAACAGACUAUUACUAAAAAAGAAUUUAUUCCUAAAAUAGCGCGUUGGGUUUUAUUCCUCGAAGAUUUCGAUUAUGAGAUAGUACAUCGCUCAGGUAGUCAAAUGCGUCACGUUGAUUCACUUAGUAGAUACCCAACAGCCAUGACUGCACUUUGUGAUGAUUUAACAGCGCGAGUGCAAGUGGCACAGAUGUCAGAUGAAUACAUAAAAAAAUUGAAAGAAUUAUGUAAAGAUAACAACCAAGUUGAUUUCGUGGUACAAAAUAACAUUCUGUAUAAAUGUCAGGACAACCGUCGUUUGCUUGAAGCAGUAUUCGGAAAUCCUAUGCGCAUCAUCACGGAUAAAGGUUCCGCAUUUACCUCCAAGGAAUUUACAAACUAUUGCGCGAAUCAAAAUAUUAAUCACAUUCAAAUCACCACAGGAAUACCUCGAGGAAAUGGACAAGUGGAAAGAGUUCAUGGAACUCUUAUCCCCCUGCUUGCCAAACUGUCCAUCAAUGAUCCCACGAAAUGGUACACUCAUGUUCAAGCAGCACAACGUGUAUUUAACUCUACUACUCCACGGAGUACAAAAUUUACUCCUUUCGAACUCAUGAUCGGUGUGCAAAUGAGGCAUAAAAAUGACCAGAAAAUUCUCGAUAUCCUACAGGAAGAAUAUGAGCAAAUGGUCAUCGACAACCGCGAGGACAUUCGCGAAGAAGCGCGACAGAAUAUCUUGCGCCUUCAAGAAGAGAAUAAAAGAGCUUACAACAAGCGCAGGAAGAAAGCUACUCAAUAUAAUCCAGGUGACUUAGUGGCCAUACAGAGGACCCAAUUCGGCAGUGGUUUGAAGCUUCGCCCGAAGUUCCACGGUCCCUAUCGCAUCACAGCGAAGAAGCCACACGAGAGGUACCUAGUGGAGAAAGUGGGAAUCCACGAAGGCCCCAACCAUACCUCUACAGCAGUAGAUUAUAUGAAGCCUUGGUCUACAACUGCAUAA